AGUUUUUAUUUAAAUUGUUAUAUAUUUAAUUUUGUUUAUAAAACUAUAAUUGUAAUAAUAUAUAAGAACGAUAAAAAUUUGAAAAAAAUUUGAUUAAAUAAAUAACUUUAAGCUUUCAUGUGAUUUCUUCUUGAGGUGACAGGACAAAAUCUUUAACAGUUUUGGAUGCUAUUUUGUACCUUGUGAUUUAUUUUUCUUUCCUGUAUCGUGUUUAAUCUAUGUCUGUGAUUGGAAACUCAGUAUUUACUAAUGGAUUGGGAUGCCACCCAUUCUGUUUAAAUAUUUAAAACAAGUUUACACCAUAUACUCUUCAGGGGAACAGGUUGAGACGUGUCUCUUGUCUCACAGGUGUGAAUACAUGGACGUGAACCAGAUGAGGAUUGAUGUGUGUUUAUUGUAGACCAAACACAUCAGUGUGCAUUUUUGUUCCUGCUGAGGCUCAAACAGAUGUUUUCCGUUCUGUCAUUUACAGCAAAUGUGUGGUUUAACCAGCUCAAAAGCUGGUGGAUGUCCUGUUAAUUAUUCAGACGAGAAGACAAUGGGUGUAACUGCGGCCUUUGAAAAGUAUCAUAUGAGGUUACUAGUGAUGAUCGCACGUGAAGCCUUCUAAACAGUCUGCAUAAAGCUGUGGAGGGACAUAGGUUUAUGUGAAUGUGUUGCAAACUAAUGGUCACGUUCAAAUAAUGAGUCAUUUGUUCAUUUUAGUAGCCUGAUACUGACAGACCCAACUGUUAAUGCUGGUGUUAUUGUGCUGAAUAGAGUAGAGUAGAAUGGAACAGAAUAGAAUAUUGUUAGAAAAAUAUUUGAUAGAAAAAAAAAAAAUUCUUACAUAAAAUCGAUGUCAUUACUAAAAAAGAACAAAGAGUUUUAACAAAAUAGUGCAAAUGAGUGCCUAUAUGCAGUUUGCUGUCAGAAUACUAAUAUUAAAAACAGCAGAGAAUGACUUAUUUGAAUAAGUAGGAAUAAAUACUAAAAGGAUACAUUCUUUAAUAAUGGAAAAUAGCAAUAAUUAAAAAUACUACAUAAGUGUAAUAAUAUUUAUGGUGGCUACAUCUGUAUUCCAUUGCUUUUAGGCAACAAACACAUUUAAGCACUUCCACAUACAAAAAAAAGAAGAAAAAGGUAAAAUGCAGUCAAUCGCAUUUUUAAUGGACGAAUAAUCAAUAUAAAAUGUGUUCUUCCACGUGAUGAAAAUUUAGCAUGCCUAAUGCAUUUGCUUGCAAAGUGAAAAAAAUAAAGUUUUGUUACCCUGAGGCAAGUUUUAAGCCUUAAUCGGAAUUCAAGUACACCUUAAGGACAUCUUGCAGACAAAAUGGUAUUUAUAAGGAGAUUAUGAUAUUUGCUGAAGGACAACCCUCACUCCACCCCAAACCUGCUGAAAUCAGAGGUGCACGAUAUGAUUUGUGAGCAUUUGUAUAUAGUUACGACUCGAGCAGAUCAAACGUCCUCACUCGUGUGUUUGUGAAGAGAUAAACAAAAUCGGGCCCGGCGCGCAUAGUUAAGCCUGUACUCAGGCGUGCGUGCGCGCGUCCGUCGUGAGGGCGGCGCUCGCGCUGUCCGCGGAGGAGACUCUGACCUGACUCAAACACACGCGGCACCUUCUUCUGCAAUACUGACUUUAAAUGGGACUUCAGAAAUUCAGUAAAGUAGUAAACAACAACAACAACAACAGUUCCGUUCGGCGGACUGAGCGCAAAAGAUAGUGGAAAAUGUUAUGUUUGUGAAGAAGCAACUGUUGUGGACCGCUGUUAUACAGGUGGUGAGGGCAUCUUCAAGAUGAACAGCAACUGGAAGACCACCAAGGUGCUGGGAUUGCUGAUGUUAGCCAACUUCUUCAUCUAUGUCUUGGUGGAAGUGUCCCGAAGCUACGGGCAGGGCCGAGACAUGUACAAUCGAGGGAAACUGACGGCCAAAAAGUUCUGGAAGAAGUCAGAGGUUAGUCUGGCGUUCUGGAAUCGUGCGCAGGACCGUCUUGAUGACAUCUACUACCUGCCACUUGCAAACAGCAGCAAGGCCCCUCGUGACUUUCGGGGAAUCCCACGUUGGCUGAAUCGCACGAGUCCCUGCAAGCCGGACAGCAGGGUGAAGACAGAGAUUGAAGACUUUAAGUCCCUACCGCAGCGAUUCCAGGACUUCUUAUUGUACAUGGGAUGUAGGUCGUACCCCUUAAUAACAGACGCACCCAACGUGUGUUCAGAACCGCCGUACCUCUUGCUUGCAGUGAAGUCCAUUGCGCCACAUUUCGACCGACGGCAGGCCAUCCGGGAAUCAUGGGGCCGCGCUGGGAUCCUCGACGGCCGGCGCAUUGCGACGGUGUUCCUGCUUGGCAGCACGGCGGCGACGGACCACUUCCCGAACUUGUCAGAGAUGGUCAAGCACGAAGCAGCGUUGUACGGCGACGUCCUGCAGUGGGAUUAUCGAGACUCAUUCUUCAAUCUCACUUUAAAGGAAGUCCUCUUUCUGGAGUGGUUUGAGACUCAUUGUGCUUCUGCCAAGUAUGUGUUCAAAGGUGACGAUGAUGUUUUCGUCAAUACGCGGCAUAUGCUGGCUUACCUGGGAAACUUUUCUGUGUCCAUGACACAGGACCUUUUUGUUGGCGAUGUGAUCACCAAUGCCGGACCACACCGGACCAAACACCUCAAGUAUUACAUCCCCGAGAGUGUGUUUCGGGGAGUUUACCCACCGUACGCCGGUGGCGGAGGCUACCUGUAUUCUGGGAAUCUGGUGCUGCGGUUAAGGACGAUCUCGCGUCUGGUCACGUUGUACCCGAUAGACGACGUGUACACUGGGAUGUGUCUGAAGAGACUGGGACUAGUACCGGAGAAACACAUGGGCUUUAAGACCUUUGACAUUGAGGAGAAGCACAGAGAGAAUCCUUGUGCUUACAAAAAUCUGAUUCUGGUCCAUCCCAGGAGCCCACAGGACAUGAUAAAGAUCUGGUCUUGGAUUAAUGACCCAAAAGCGAAAUGUUACAUCUCAACUACAACGCAGGCGAAGGGCGCAAUACGACGCAACAAAAGCAAAUAGAACCCAAUGACAGUAAAACUAAUGCCCUGUUCUAUUACUGACGUACAGCUAACAAAAAUAUGUUCCAAGAAUGCUUUGCUAACAUUCCCAUUAAGUUAUAAAAACAUAAAUUCUGCAUGUUCUCAAAGCUUCUAGUUUUUAAAAGGUUUUAUCCACCUUAUUUUUCAACUUAGAAGUAAACCAUUUUCUGUGAAUGUGCAAGAUUUCCGGUUCAUUAGGGAAACCAGACGCAUAAAAUUUACAAGUGGCUGUGCCCGCUCUUAUGGGAAAAAUAAGGUGUAUAAACUUGUUUUUCUUGCUUGCGCAAUCGUUAAGGGAACAUUCCAUUGAAUCGAAUAUCAUGGGAAUAUUACUUUUGAACAUUCUAAAACAAGUUUUAAAAAACAUUAGUUGGAACUUCCAGUUUAAACAUUUCAGCAAAAAAAAGUUCCAUGAAUGAAAUAAUGUUUCUGUGCUAACAUUCUGAGAACAUUAUUAAAGACCAGAGAACUUUGAGCAAAUGUUCUAUGAAUGUUGCUGGAAGACCAUUUGAGAGAACCUUGCUAGAACAUUCCCUGUUAGCUGGGUCCACAUACUUGCGCACCUUCUUUCACUUUGUUUCGACGAAUCACGAUUAUUUACUCAAAAUGAGUUAUAUAUGGUGCACUACAAUGCAUGUUGACAUAAGAAAUCAUGGUGCAUUUUCAUAACAGAACGAGCGAAUCUGAUGUGUUUGUGUAUUUUUAUGCUGUUGUUUUAAUUUAUAUUUGCAUUCGUGUGGAAAGCUAUAGCUGAGCUGUUUGACUUCUCUUGCAUUAAACCUCUCUAUUCUCAGGAAGCUGCUGUUUGAUCGUGGUUCUCCAACUACACUAUCAACACAAGGAUAAUAAUAGAAGUUUUAUUACUUUGUAUACUGUUUGUUCAAGUAAGCUGUGACCUUUGCACCACUGUUGUAGGGCAACAUACUGUAGGACACCUUACAACACAUGCAGUGAACUGAACGAGCCUACAAAGUGCAAAGUCAAAAUCCAAAUCUAUUACUGUAUACAUCUUCCUUAACUCCAUGGAAGAUGAGCACAAAAGAUUUCCAUGUAAUAUUUUGUGUGAAGUUCAGUAAUUGGUUCAAUAUGAGUGCAAAUUUGUGAUUAUGGAUAGAAUUAAAUUGUCCUGAAAACACAGGAAAUAGGCUUGAAAAGUGAAACUUGUUUUUAUCAUUCCA